CAACACUGUGGAGUAUAAAAAGGUGAUUCCAUAUUUUGUAUGUACUAUGGAUUUCAAUUGUACAAGUUACAUUGGAGAAGCAGCUAGAAGAAAAAAGGAUGCGGAGGAUUUAGCAGCUCGUGCCGCUAUUCUUUCAAUCCUAGAUAACUCCGACUCGGGGAUCAUGCUGGUUCAGAUGAUCAAGGCAAAAGCUAUGCUUUUUAAUUCUGUUCAAUUGAAGACAUUGCUGCCCACUUGUGAUAAUGCAAUUGUCUCGCCCAUAGAAAAGACUGCACUUUCCUGUGAGCUUGUCCAGGGACUGAAGGAUGAAAACAAGGGCAUUGCUGAUCCUGCGGGUAAUGAUAAUAUUAACAAGGGCAUUGCUGAUCCUGCGGGUAAUGAUAAUAUUAACAAGGGCAUUGCUGAUCCUGCGGGUAAUGAUAAUAUUUUUUUGUGGGGGUGAGGUCCAGGAGAGAAUCCUCAAAAUUGUGAGUUAAAGGAUAUGAAGCAACUAUGUCAAACCCAAGUUUAGAUAGUUAUCCAAUCAAAAUGUAUCUUUCUCUCAUCCCAUUGCCCCCACCUCGCAUCCAUCCCUUGAAAGUAAUUGCCACCACUCCAUCAAUGCUUAUAAAUGGAUUUCUAAUAAAUUGUUUAAACAAAUUUUGAAUGGUUGUGUGUGUUGCUUUCCUUAUGUCACAUGUGAACUAGGGCAGUCACUGAACAUGGGAUAUAUGGGAGUUUGCAUCCGAGAAAAAAAGGAAGGGCAAAAAAAAGCAAUUACAAUUUGGAAGUCAGAACUUCAAAAAUAAAUAAAUGUGACAAAUUCAAACUCAA